GCUCAUUAACGUUUCGCUUGGCUAAGUGCGCGCCUCGUCACUGAAACCAGUUAGUAAAAGAAAUUUUUGUCCAAACUAAAACCGAUAGCUACGUCACGAUUUGAUCAUUUCGAAUGCAAAUUAUUCUGAGAUUAAUAAACUAGGUCGCCAUCCGUGGCGUUGCCGCCGGGCUGCGGACCCGUUCCUUCGGCGGAUGAUAUCGGGACCAUCAUGUUGAAUACUAUCAAUGGUGCACCAGUCAAAGCACUCUCUUCCAACCGUGCAAUGCCAGAACCGAACGUCUAAUACUUCUAAAGUGAAUGUUAAUAAACUGGUAAAGCAGUACCAAGUGAGGAAAUGCUAAACAGCCCGCCGAAGUUGAUAAAAAAUCUAAGUUAAAGUGAUACUCUAGAGUUUGAUUACCAUGUGAAGCUACCAUCUACGUGUCCAAGUACAAAGUUGACAACGAAACCCUCUUCUAACACCAAUGAAAAAGCCAAUAAUCGUGCUGGCGCCACUUCAAUUCUAAGCAUAUAGUCACCAACGAAAUUUCCCAUCACCGCAAUUGCGUAAUAACUAAUUAAUCAUGAUGCUAACCACGGAACACAUAAUGCACGGGCACCCCCACUCGUCAGUCGGGCAGAGCACCUUAUUCGGGUGCUCCACGGCGGGGCACAGUGGCAUCAAUCAGCUGGGCGGCGUUUAUGUCAAUGGCCGGCCCCUGCCCGACUCAACGCGACAAAAGAUAGUCGAACUGGCUCACUCGGGCGCCCGUCCUUGUGAUAUUUCAAGAAUACUGCAAGUUUCCAACGGUUGCGUGAGCAAAAUUCUGGGCAGAUACUAUGAAACAGGAUCAAUUAAACCUCGAGCUAUAGGUGGUUCAAAACCACGAGUAGCAACAACCCCGGUCGUACAAAAAAUUGCUGAUUAUAAACGUGAAUGCCCCAGCAUAUUUGCGUGGGAAAUACGGGAUAGACUGCUGUCCGAACAAGUUUGCAAUAGUGAUAACAUUCCAAGUGUAUCAUCCAUUAACCGAGUCUUGCGCAACUUGGCCUCACAGAAGGAGCAGCAAGCGCAGCAACAAAACGAGUCUGUCUAUGAGAAGCUUCGCAUGUUCAAUGGCCAAACGGGCGGAUGGGCCUGGUAUCCAAGCAAUACAACGACGGCACAUUUGACCCUGCCGCCAGCAGCUUCAGUUGUCUCAACUCCAACAAAUUUAUCGGGACAAGUCAACCGAGACGAGGUUCAAAAAAGAGACAUGCAAUAUACAGCCGACGUUUCGCACCCAAACUCUCACGAUAGUACGUCCGAUGGCAAUUCUGAACAUAAUUCAUCUGGCGACGAGGAUUCACAAAUGCGCUUGAGGCUGAAAAGAAAGUUGCAGCGCAAUAGGACUUCGUUUUCUAAUGAGCAAAUUGACAGUCUAGAAAAAGAAUUUGAACGAACGCACUAUCCGGAUGUUUUUGCCCGCGAAAGACUUGCAGAUAAAAUUGGUUUGCCAGAGGCACGUAUUCAGGUUUGGUUCUCAAACCGACGAGCCAAAUGGCGACGGGAAGAAAAGAUGCGAACUCAGAGGCGGUCGGCCGAUAACGUGGGCGGCAGUGGUCGAGCCAGCACGUCAAAUAAUCCUUCAGGAACAGUGGUAUCUUCCUCCGUAGCAACGUCGAAUAACUCGACACCCGGCAUUACCAGCUCAGCAAUCAACGGAACGGAACGAACAUCAUCAGCUAUAAUUAGCAAUACCCUACCCGAAACACCGAAUGGACCAACUGUUCUGGGUGGAGACGCCAGUGCAGCGCAUACCAGCUCUGAGAGUCCACCACUUCAGGCUGUCGCCCCCCGGCUACCCUUGAACACUGGUUUCAACACUAUGUACUCUUCUAUCCCGCAACCCAUAGCAACGAUGGCUGAAAAUUACAACUCAUCAUUGGGAUCGAUGACGCCGUCGUGCUUGCAGCAACGAGACGCCUAUCCAUAUAUGUUUCACGAUCCAUUAUCACUGGGAUCUCCCUAUGUACCACCCCACCACCGAAAUUCAGCUUGCAAUCCUGCGGCUGCGCACCAACAGCCACCUCAGCAUGGUGUUUAUGCCAACAGUCCAAUGGGAUCAUCAAAUACAGGUGUUAUUUCUGCAGGCGUUUCGGUGCCUGUCCAGAUUUCAACGCAAAAUGUUUCUGACCUUACGGGAAGUAAUUACUGGCCACGUCUUCAGUGAUCGUCAAUCUUUAAUUUGCCAUCAGAUCUUUUAUCAAAGGCAACUGCCGCUGCAAUCGCUGCCGCACAUGCAGUUGAGGAAAAGCAUCAACACCAAAAAGCGCAUUCAGUUGUUACUAUGCAAACUACAAACAGCAACAAUAACCCACCGGGUUUGAAUAGUCAGACAAUGUGCUGUUCAUCAAGAUAUUUAGACAUGAACGUGGGGGCGGGGAAGGAUGUAGAUGUUGUCAUAGGCCAAGGUCUUAUAGUUCCCAUAUCACCACGUAUUCCAAGCAAAUCGGAGUCAUUUAGCAGUCCCAACGCGAGCCAUCGGGAUUUUCAUAUAAUUUAAAGAGGCACAAGUCCGACCUUAUUGCACAUUCAAAGAGCGAACAAGCAAGACAUUUUAAAUAAACUCGAUUUUAAAGCGACAUUACAUUCAAGAUCUUUUUAAUAAAGUUGAUUUUUAUUGAUACUGUUGUUUCUAAAUAAAUACAAGUUCCAGAUUUUACAAGUUUUCUGUGGCCUCCUUACACGCUUUUUAGUAAAUUAAGGCCAACAAAUCGCAUCGACUUUUCGUAAGCAAAUAUCUCCAUAUUUCUUUACCUCCUCUAUUUUUAAUUCCGUAUCUGCUAAGAGUUUUAUUUUAGCACUUUUUAUUUAUUUCACCGACAACAAAUUGUAAACGACAAGUAAAAUUUAUAUAUUAAAUGUUAAAAACUAAUUUUCUGAUUAUCUUUUAUCUAUCUAUUUAUAAAACUACUGAUAUUUAUAUGCAUAAACAUAAAUAUGGCUGACAAAUAUUUUGACAAUCUGUGGGCCUCGUGAGUUUUUUUUAAUAUGUUUGCGCAGACGUAUGAGAUGUGAAUGUUCAAUCCCAAUUGUUUAGCACAUAAAGUAUCAGAGAUCUCAUACCAAUAAAUUUGGUAAAAUCAAUUAGGGAUAUUAAUGAUGAUCCUGAUCAAGAACACAAGUACUUUCUAGAGUUCGUAACUCUUUUCCUGGAUAUUUACUUACUCUUUAUACUUUACUUUACAAAAAUAUUGUAACUCUCAACUAUUAAAAGCGCCCGUUGCGCCUAUUCCCUUAAAAAUGGACAAAAAUAUAUUUUAUGUUUUUAAUAUUGUUAUCUCCUACAAGAAAUCAAAAAAUAGUUAGGGACAGCUUUUUUGUUAUCAAGCAUUAUAAUAAUUUCAUUUUAAGUAAAAAUAUGUAAUAUGCGGAUACAGAAUAUUUUAAUUACCUAUUUAAAA